AUGAGCUUUCAAGAUCUAGAGGGAACCUCGACGCAGCCCCCAGGGCUGCGGAAGACAGGGACCCUGAUAGAGAUGGCCAGUUCCAUAUUCCGUCUCAACACUUCCGUCGCCAGAUUCCGGCGACUCGUGGACGCCGUCGGGACGGCCAAGGACUCUCUCGAACACCGCCGGACCCUGUACCUCCCUCCCCCCCUUCUUCUCCACUCUCCUACGCUGCCCGCCUUCUGCGGAAUCUUAUGCCAUCAUCCUUUCUGACUUCAGAUUCUCUUUCUGUGCGCAGGUUUGAUGCGAGGCAGUCGAUCGGCAGGAUGGUGAAGGAGAUCUCGGGGAAGCUGAAGGCUCUCACCGUUGCCGACUCCACUGUCCCCGUAAGUCCCUGCGGGCACGAUUUUCAGGCACUUUCUCUGUUCGAUGUUUUGUCCAUGAGAGUAGAGACGAUCUGAGAGGCGAUCCUCGGUCCGAAAUACCAGCUCAGCAAGAGAGUGGAGGGAUCGAAGCUCGCGGGGGACUUCCAGGCGGUGCUGGUCGACUUCCAGAGGGCCCAGAAGCUUUUGGCCGAGCGCGAGUUCGCCUACGUGCCUCCUCCUCCAUCUCCUCGGCAGAUUAGGUCUUACUCCGUCUGCUUAUGAAUACAGCCAUCGCAUCGGUUUAAUUUUUUCAGGCUAAUCAGCAAAAACUAGAGAACCCUAGAUGGUGUGGGUAGCUGUAACUUUACCUUGACAGCCCUGUUCUAGGUGAGGACACGACCCCUCCUCUGGUGAAGAAUCAAGAGCAUGAAAGACCUUUAGGAGGACAACAGAUGUAAGGGAUCUGUACCCAGCGAAAAAUAUCUUUCAUUUUGUUGAAUUUUCUCUUUGACCACCGUUCCAUAGACGCAUGGAGAGAUUCUUAUUCUUCUUAUGAACAGCCAAGUUCGUGAGCUCAUCUUCCAGUUCAAAAUCUCACAGAAAAUAACAGUUCUGGACUGUUAUCUUCUCUCAUUGCCCUCGCAUAAUUCUGUAGGGGAGUGAGUCUCUCUCCCAGCAUCUGCCUCCCUUUGGUGGAGUAAAUCUCAUCUUAUUAUCGAUCAGUACGCAGAAGACAAGGAGCUCUGCCAUCAGUCCGUACAGAGCCGAUGGCGCAUUCAUUCCAUGAGUUUAUUAGAGCCAUGACGCUGGAUGACAUGCAUGAUCUUUCUCUAGUCUGUAUCUCCCCUACACAUGGUUGGCUUCAUUCUUCGGAUCAGAUACUCAUUUCCUCCUCCAUUCUAGUAAGUCAUUCAUAUACAGAGAAUCAACAGAUUCGGUAAAGAGGAUGGAAGGAGCUCACUCUAUCGUAGCUGCUCAUGGUCAUUUUGACCGAUUGAUCUUCCAAAUAUGCUAUUUUUUUCAGCAACUCCGGUUCUUUACACUGCUUCCCAGCUGCUUUUUGGCCUGUCAUUUUGGUUUACUGCUUGAGAGCUUCCACUGUGUCCUGAAUAGAAGCUGAAAGUGCCAUCCUUGUGGUCCAACCCGGGAACCCCAUUUUUCUGGGAUUCGUUUCCUAAACUGGGUCCAGAUCCACCCACAUCGCACUGCAGGCCUCACAAAAGGCCCCCCUGAAGUUCUCUGGUUUCUGACCAAGCAUGCUCACAAAAUGUAGACAAGAGAUGUUUCUCCUGGAGAACGAAUUUGCGUUCAAUGAAGCGAUGGUAGAGGAAAGGGAAGAGGGGAUCAGAGAAAUCCAGCAUCAGGUCGCCCAAGUCAACGAAAUCUUUCAUGACCUCGCUGUCUUAAUUGGCCAGCAGGGUAUUGUGAUCGGUGAGAGUCCACGAACCCUUUCCAUCUGAAAAUCUUACACUUGUUUCUUUUGGUACUUGUUCAUGAUUUGAAGACAUCACUCCUCCGAUAAGCUGCAAUGUUCUGCUUUCUUUUGACAGAUGAUAUCGUAAAAAAUAUUGAGGCCGCCUCUGCAGAAACGGCCGAUGCAGAAGCUCAAUUCGCCAAGGGUUCCAACAGCAUGAAAUCAAGAUCUUCAUGGGUAAAACAGGCGACUUUCUUAAAACAUUAG